AUGUACAACAGCGGAAUACGACCGUUUAAUCACACCUACGCGUCGGCUCCCUGUGAGAUUUAUCCCGGCAGCAACGUCUACCAAUGGAACGCGGUGGAUGUGCAGAAUGCCGACGGACUCCUCGAGCGCGGUCUGGUCAUCAACACCGUCCACCGCGGUCUGCUCGUAGAUUUCGGCGUUUCCGACCGACGCUCGCAAUUCGUCGAAUUCAAAAAGGCACUGUUGUGCCUUAGUGCUGACGAACGGUGUUUAACAGCCUCCCAGAACUUUGCCUGGGAGUCCAACGCGGCGUCCCAGACCAGCUGCCAUGUCCUCGCCCGUACCGCGGCGGACCGCCCGUGGACGUGGUAUCCGGCAGUGUUUCUGCUGCACCGGGUCUUCUGGAAUAAAUACGCCUAUAUUCAGAUCCACAUGGGUGAUGAAGUUGUGUGGAAGUUCGUCCGCGCUCAGGUAGUUCGGCUAGCGCACCGUGACAGCACGGUGCGCCGUACCGCACCGGCGGAUUUUGUCGUGCGGGCAUGUACUCUGCCGCGGGAGUAUCUAACGGAACGACCGGUGGCACCGGCGUUGUGGAGUCUGUGGGAGGAAGGGCUGAUGUCGCAGCGCGUUUACAAGGCGUAUCCUAUCGGUGUGGUGAAUGAAAGCUUGCUGUAUCUCCAGGAUCGAUGUCGACUGCAAAGCAGCUUUGUGAAGAAGGUCUUGCCGAUAUCCAAGGAUUUACUGCACGAACUGAAUGAGCGAGCUAAGGCGGAAAUGGCGAAGCGCUUACAGACCGGCUGGAAUAAUAUUGAUGGCCAGUGGGUACCACCCCGAAUCUGCGCUCCUCUGCGUACCAUACCAGCACAAAAAUCUCGCCAACUGGCUGCAUCUUGCCCGCCGGAGCUCUUGCGCGAAAUCCUCUCCUGCUUGUCUACAAAUGUACGGCCAUUCUACCGUCGCGUCAGUCCGCUGUGGAACGAGAUCAUCCAACAGGCUGAUUGCUCUCGGUAUCUGACGCUCGACUUCGGCAGUGCCGGUCCCAGUGCGACAUACACCGCCGGCGUGUGCAUCAUCCAGUGUCUCACCGCCGCCACGCGGAUGAUCGUAAUAAUCAGUGCCCAACAGAACUACAGAUCGCCGGAGCUUACUGAAUGUCUGCGCUUGGUUAGCGUCAUGUACGAGCAGUGCGCCAACAGGAUCAGAAAGUUGCAGGUGAAGCCUAAAAUGAUUGUACGGCCAAAAUCUUGCAAUUAA